AUGGAGCCUCGUGCACGCGCCGGCAAAAAUGUCGGCAAGAUGAACUUUGGCCACAACGAGCUAGCGCAGCUGCUCUACGGCCACGGCGACGUGCGGGCGCCGCUCAAUGAGACGGUGCGAGUGCUAGACGAGAUCCUGACCGAAUUUAUUCAGGGAGUGAGUUUCGAGGCGACACGGGCGGCUCAGCACGCGGGGCGGCAGAAGGUCAAGUUCGAGGACUUCGAGUUUGCCAUGCGGCGCAACCCGGAUUACAUGGGCAAAAUCCAGGAGAUGUUUGAGAAAAAGAAGGAGAUUGAGGCCGCGCGCAAGGGGUUCAACAUCGAGGACCAACUGAUGAAGGAUGCCGACAAGGAGGAGAAGGCUGCCGAGAAGGACCGCGACAGGGCUGGGCCGUCGAAGAGGGUGCGCAAGGCUAUGUCGCAGAUGCAAAUUGGGGAGGAAGACUUGGAGGAGGGGGACGAUGAAUUGGAGUUAGAGCUGGGGGGUGGAGCGCGGUGA